GAGCCGCCGGGCGCUCGCAGGCUCCGCGCACGCUACCCGUCCCCGACCCUGCCGCCGCGCCCCGCCGCCUCCCGCAGCCAUGGCCGGGCUCGGCCACCCCGCCGCUUUCGGCCGGGCUACCCACGCCGUGGUGCGGGCGCUGCCCGAGUCCCUCAGCCAGCACGCGCUGAGGCGCGCCAAGGGCGAGGAGGUGGAUUUCGCCCGCGCUGAGCGGCAGCACCAGCUCUACGUGGGCGUGCUGGGCAGCAAGCUGGGGCUGCAGGUGGUGGAGCUGCCGGCAGACGAGAGCCUCCCGGACUGCGUGUUCGUGGAGGACGUGGCCGUGGUGUGCGAGGAGACGGCCCUCAUCACCCGCCCCGGGGCGCCGAGCCGGAGGAAGGAGGUUGACAUGAUGAAAGAAGCAUUAGAAAAACUUCAGCUCAAUAUAGUAGAGAUGAAAGAUGAAAAUGCAACCUUAGAUGGUGGAGAUGUGUUAUUCACAGGAAGAGAAUUUUUUGUGGGCCUUUCCAAAAGGACAAAUCAACGAGGUGCUGAAAUCUUGGCUGAUACUUUUAAGGACUAUGCUGUCUCCACGGUCCCAGUGGCUGAUGCCUUGCAUUUGAAGAGUUUCUGCAGCAUGGCGGGGCCUAACCUGAUCGCCAUCGGGUCCAGUGAACCUGCACAGAAGGCCCUCAAGAUCAUGCAGCAGAUGAGUGACCACCGCUACGACAAACUCACCGUGCCUGAUGACGUGGCUGCCAACUGUAUAUAUAUAAAUAGCCCCAGCAAAGGGCACGUUCUGCUGCACCGAACCCCGGAGGAGUAUCCAGAAAGUGCAAAGGUGUAUGAGAAACUGAAGGACCAUCUGCUGAUCCCCGUGAGCAAUUCUGAACUGGAAAAGGUGGACGGGCUACUCACCUGCUGCUCGGUGUUAAUUAACAAGAAGGCGGACUCCUGAACACAGAGGCCCGCCCUUGUCGCUGGCGAGCCCGCACUAGCAAGGCCCGUGACUCUGCCCCCACUCCCGUUGUUUUCCUUGACAAUCUACUGUGCCACUGUGCUACUAACUUCUGUUUACAAAGAUUGAAUUCUAAGUUUAAUUUCUCCACGUCCUUCGUCCUCACCCUCCCUCUCCCUCACGGUGGUAUCUAAGCUGUGGAUUUGCUAAAAGAAUUAAGCAACCUAGAAAACAUAGAGCUAAUGAAUCAUUGGAAUGUGAUUUUAACAGGAAACACUCAUUUUAGUGUUUGUAUUAUGUGUGUGAAAAACAUUUCGUUGCCAAUGUAUUCUGAAGAAUAUCUUGAUCAGUCAGAUAAGCUGGGUUUUUUUCUCUAUAUCAUGAAUCAUGUUCAGUUCCUGUGAAAUUUCCUGCUCCAUGGAUUCUCCCUGGCUUCCUUUUUUUUUCUUCUGAACUCUGGACACUUUUUUUUCCUCUUUCUUUUGCCUUUAGCAUUUGUAUCACAGCCACCUUGAUCUUGAAUACAAUCCAGGGUCUUGCAGCCUGGAUACCUGCCUUGCAGGUGCACCCUGUCUGCCAUCAAUAUCCCCUGCCUCACAGCUACGUCUGCUGCAGCCGCCAACCCUCCCUCCCUCCCCGUGGGCAAACAGGCUCCUCCUGUGACCCAGACCAGAGCUGCUGUGUGGGGGGAGUAUCAGCCACAGAGAGGCACAUCAUGACAGGGUUUGCCCCGCGACCUAAAUUCCAGAAGUAGGGCACCACACCUAGGAAGGUGAAUUCAGCACCAGGUGGUUGCCAAGAGAUCGUAGAUCAAGAAGUGUAGAAACACCUGUUGGUAAAACAUCUUAGAAAGUCUCUAAGUCACAUUCCAUGAAUUUUUGCUUCAUUACUGGCUGUAAAGGCCCUUAGAGGAAAGGCUUAUCCUUUUCCUUCAGCUCAUUUCUCUUUCCCUCCACCUUGACUCACCCUCCUAAUUAUCCUGGUCUAGAAAAGCCAUUUCUUUCACAAGAGACAUCACAUCUAAAAAUGGUCGAGUGUGAGCUAGAGAAAAUGGCCCUCCCUGGGGCAGCUCCGUGGUCACCAAAGGGUCCAUUCAGGAAAUGACCUCAGACAAUGGAUGACUCUCCUUGGAAAUGCCUGUGAGAGUUACUGUGGAAUUCAAUUAAAACUUCCUUCUUCGCUAGCCUUCACCUUGCACAACUUUCAACCAACACGAUCUCUAACAAAGAACAAUGCCACAGUGCAGGGCGAGAUCUGAAAACUGGAAGAAUCCACCUACUAGCAGGUACUUUCCAAGAAUGGCAGCUGACUCAGGCAUGUUAUCAAAUUUCCUAGUCGUCUCCACCUUUCCUGUGUUGCCUGUGACUCCUUGGUUAAGAAUCAGGGAGAUGAGCAGUGUCACUUCAGGUCUGGCUCCGCUUACCUCUGUGUUAGUAGUCAAACAUUCCUGAAGUUGGUGAUCAAGAGAGAAUGGCCCCCAUUCAUUUCAUCAUCCCCUUAGCACCCAGAAGAGAGAAACCCCUGAGAAAACCAAGACAGCCUUAACCAUGCUCUAUCUUUUUUACUUAUUUGAUGACUUUCUGCAGAAAUUUGUAGAAAUUUCUUCUCCUUUUAUUCCUUGCUAUUUAACUUUAAAAUCCAUAGCACAUGCAAAUAUCUAAUGAUGUGCAUGCAUCCUGUGAUAGAACCAUAUCUCGGUCACUGUCAAAUUUCAAAGCUUCCCAUGGUGGAUGAAUGAUUUGUUCUUACCAGAGAGGAUGAAUGUUAGCCACAUGCUGAGAUUAAUAAAGGAAAAUUAGGGCUGCCCUUUUGGGUUGAAUCUAGCCCUACAUUGGCAAAAGCAGGACUUCUCCCCGCACAAACUCAACAUCUCAAAAACAACUACAAGAAAAGCAACCCAUCGGUCAGUCAGUUUGGGCUAACUGGCAUGCGAUUUUCAGUAGCAUCCCUUCUGUCAUCCCAAAUUUAAGAGCUGUUUUCUAUUAUGUUUAGUCAAUUGCAAGUAAAUAGAUUUUUCUUGGUAACAAUUUGCUCUGCAGAAAGCAGCCUUUCGUUUUUCCUUUUCCUUGCGUCUUUUCCUCUCCUCUUGGUCUCGAAAAAUCACUUUGAAUCUGGGUGCCUGUUCCACACCUUACUCUCACACCACAACAUGACCUUCCAGGCUUGACUCCCUGUGUGAUAUGAUGAUGUGAAAACAUAAAGUACUUGUAGCAUAAUAGAAGUACUUCUUUGAUGUUCUCAUCAACAUAAGCUAUCGUUGAAAAGGAAAAACACUUCUUCCAUAGGUUCCCCUCUUAUCCGUUGUGUUUUAUAAGACAGAUGAACUAGCAGGAACUGCUUUUUGACAUUAUACAGACACAACAGAUUAUAUUUAAGUAAGUAAAAGUUGAGUCAGAAUUGGUUGGUAUGACUUAGUUUAACAAAUGGGUGAUAUAGAGAAAAUACAUUAUUUAGCAUUUAUCUCUUCAUCAAUGAUGGAUUGCUAUAGAAAUCAGAAGGCAGACCUCUCUAAUGUGUAUUGAUUGUUCUUUUAAACUGCUGUGAACAGAUUACUAAGGCCAUCUCUUCAUCUCUAAGGAGGGCAAUAGUCUGUAGAGGAAUAUGUGACUUACACAGAGUUGCAUGUUAAUCUUUGCGAUUAUUUACUCUGUAACAUUCUAUAGAAUCCGGACAUGAUUCCAACCUGGUGUUAGAGUUCUGCGUUUUAUUUUUCUGACCAUCUUGUUCCAGCCAAUGUAUGGUUAUCCACUAUGUGUGCCAAAACCAGUAAUGCCUUCCAUGGCCCUUUAGUCCAGAGAAGUUCUGCCCUGAUUGUAGUCUCUUGCUGUCCCAGUCCUACAUGUGUACCAAUCAUGAUGGAAUAAAGUGUGAGUUGUACUGUGA